AUCUUUCCACCAUCCCAGUUAGUUGUUUACAUUUAUUUAAUAGAAAAAGAUGUGCGACUUUGAUGCCUUGUGGCUGGAUGUGCUGAAAUUGUUUCCAGUUCUGGGUGGAGUGAGCUCUGGACCUGCCCAGCCGGUUCAAGAAAAUGUGUACGAGAAUGUUCGCCGGCACCUACAGCAGUUGGGAAGCAUUGAGACAUUUGCGGCAAUUUUGGAUCUAGAAAUUCAGUCGGUGAUUCGAAAUGUACUUGCACCCAAGUUUUGGAAGCAUUUUCAUGGGGACAGCGUGCCAACAGAUCUGCAAACGUGCAUCAAAGAUCAAGCGCUGGUCAUAGAAGCUCUUCCGGACAAGAACAAAUUGUUUUCCCAGUUUAUUGAUGCUAUUAAUGAGCUGUACCAUAGCUUCAACUGUUUAAUGCAAGUUAAACCCCGACUUGCGAAUCUUAUCAGCCCGGAAAAUAGUUCAGCCCAAAAAUCGGCGAAAUUGCUGCACGAAGAUUCUAUUAAAUCAUACCUACGUGAUUCGUUGCUAUCCCAGCUGCCACCCGCAUUUAGUGUGGUUGUGGGUGCCUUCUAUUGGGUUCAUUUCAAACUCUACACCAAAGCGUCACAUCUUGCUUUAACAACAGUCGACUCUGAGGUAUUCGACGAGCUGUUAUGUGUGGGCUGCAAUUUCGACGUAGAGCAGUGCUGCUGUUUGCGGCUAACUGAAAUGGUGAACAAAACCAAUAUGAAACUGUUUGAGAUGAACCUAAUAGAUCGUUUAACUGGAAGUGCUCUGACGUCUCUUAUAAAGCUUAAAAUCAAAGAGCAUAUAAACGACACAUGCCAGGGUAUGUUUGAUAUAAGCCACCUAAAGCAGCUUGAAAAGUGGCUGGCAGAUGUUAUAAUGACGUGGUUAAAGAGUAUUUUCACCGAAUGGCAGACCAAAGAUAGUGCCAAAGAACUGGAAGUGCCCGCGUCUGUUCAAUCCUUCAAAGUCAAACUAACGUAUUAUAUGUACGAAACGUUUGCCCAGAGUGUUAUUGGCCAAUUCUUCAGUAUUAUAAUUGACUAUCCAGAUUCAAUACCAGCCAUAGACGACUUGAAGAUUUGCAUGGAGAAAAUUGAUAUGCGAGUCUACCUAACGGAGUCGCUGAGAAGCUCGUUGGAAGCUAGAAUUCUGCAUCCCGGGGUUAACACGAUGGAUAUUUUAACUGGAUACGUUGCAGCCAUAAAGGCAAUUCGUCAUCUAGACCAAUCUGGCGUUAUUUUGGAAAUGGUUACUGCCCCAAUCAAAGACUAUCUGCGGAAACGCAGCGACACAGUUCGACGCGUUGUAACAGGUCUGACAGAAGAGGGGCCAACCGACUUGUCUGAAGAAUUAGCCAAGGGAGAGUCAAUCAAAGAUGGCAAGGACUCUGGUCCCGACGAGUUCAGCAAUUGGGAGAACUGGGAACCGGAUCCAUUUGGAAUCGAUGCUAAUCUCAUGAAAUACAACAGCUCGAAGAUAAUGCGAUCCGCUGAUAUCAUAUCAAUGGUGGUUGAUAUAUACGGAAGUAAAGAGCUAUUUAUGACUGAAUAUCGCAAUUUGAUGGCGGACAGACUGCUCGCACACCUCGACUUUAAUUCGGAAAAGGAAAUUCGAAAUCUAGAACUGUUGAAAAUUCGCUUUGGGGAAUCGCUUUUGCAUAGCUGCGAGGUGAUGUUGAAGGACGUAACCGAUUCAAAGCGUAUCAACGCGCACAUUCACGGCGAUGGCGAUGGCAAUGUCAAUGAAAAUCAGAUGUUUGACAUCUCUUCCCUGAUUAUAUCUGCCCAGUUUUGGCCAUCCUUUAACAAGGAGAGUCUUCAGUUGCCAGAGGAAAUCGAGAACGAGUUCAAAAAGUAUACAAAGGCCUAUGAGGGUUACAAAGGGAACCGUACUCUCAACUGGCGUACGGUGACCGGUCGCGUCAAUAUUGUCAUUGAAAUUGGCGAUCGAACAAUGGACAUGGUGGUGAGCCCCACGUUGGCCGUGAUCAUAUACCACUUCCAGAACAAGAGUGAAUGGGCCAUUGAAGAACUUAGUUCAAUCACAAAAGUUCCCGCAUCAGCACUCAGGCGUCGCAUUAGUUUUUGGCAAAAUCAUGGUUUGAUAUCAGAAUCGUCACCAGGAAUAUUCACACUGCUGGAAAAGGAAACAGAAAAGUCACAGUUUGAGGAAAUGAGUCUGGCCGAGGCCGACGAAGAAGACUUGGAGUCGGCCAUGGCAUCUGCCAGCGAUCAAAGGGAGGAAGAACUUCAAGUAUUUUGGUCCUAUAUUGUGGGCAUGCUCACGAAUCUCGAUUCCAUGCCCAUCGAUCGAAUCCAUCAGAUGCUCAAACUAUUCGCCUCACACAGCGGAGGGGUGGAGUUUACUCAGGACGAGCUGAAGCACUUCCUGCAGCGUAAAGUAAGAGAGCAUAAGCUUCUAUUUUCUGGUGGAGUUUAUCAAUUGGCCAAGUAAAUCGGAUCGGGGAACCCAUUAUUCAGUAGGCACAGAAGAAAGAAUGAAGAAAUCAGCCACGGAACGUGAUAACAAUUAUGAAAUUCAACGUUGCAAGAUGAAUCGAUUCUCUUAUCGGAGCUUAUCAGACUGCUGUUCAAGUGUUCUCCAUAAAGAGCCCAAAAGAAGUCGCUAGCUUUUAAAAUAUAUAACUUCAUUGAUUGACUGAGAAAGUUAUGAUUUAUGUAAUAUAUGUACACAUUUAUAUAAGGGGGGAGCACCUUUUGAUUACCAGUUACAGUGAGGCAGCAUCAAAUACGUCUAAAACUUAUUUUAUUUAGCAGUUUAAUAUUAUCUUAUCCCUCUAUCAACAAAUCCAAUUUCCUUAAGGUACUAACUAAUAGCGGAAAAGCAAAAUGAAAUUUCGUUUGACGUGCUAGCCAUUACAGGUUGAAUAUUAUUUGGCUUGGAAAAGGUCAAUCACAAACUCAGCGGUUACAUCGAUUACUCUAUACUCAAACAGUGUGCUUAAUAAAUGUAAUCGCAAUCGUGCCAAAUUGUAAUAUGUAUGUACAUCAAAUAUUAAUUCAGGUAUGAAUACAAAAUAUAAAACGAAUUAUUCUACAUUGAGGAAUCG